UUUGCUUCCUUGCAGUUGGAUUUGUGAAGACACUCCAGAUCCUCAAGUGAAAAAGUGAAAGAGACAUUUUGUAAAAGGCUAAGAGAGGGGUGAAGCGUUUGAGUGAGAAGGUUCUAGUCCUCUGGGAAAUAUGUUCCUGUUGCUGCUGUGCUGGUUUUUUGGGGCCACUCUGGUUUUAUAUGCCUUGUAUUCUUGGAUCAUCCCUGCUGCUGUGCAAUACAAUGGCAGUCUUGCAUUAUUCUGGCAUGAUGUCAUCGUUGAGCGCACUCUUGAUACUCUGACCAGGUCAUCUCGACCCCAGCGUCUGUUAAAAGCAGUACAAAAGCAUGCAAUCCGAGGUGACCCUCACAGUGUGAUCUCAGCCAUCGAUAAUUUUUGCCGGCACAGUGAGUGGGCUAUGAACAUUGGAGAUGAGAAAGGCUCUCUCCUGGACUCAGUGGUGAGUGAGGUGAACCCAGAGAUGGUCCUGGAGUUGGGCACAUACUGCGGUUACUCAGCAGUGCGCAUUGCUUGUCUACUAUCUCCUGGAUCACGUCUUAUAACACUGGAGUUCAAUGCAGAUUACGCAGCAAUUGCUCGACAGGUCAUUGCCUGGGCAGGUCUAGAAGACAAAGUCCAGCUCGUAGAGGGUGCAUCUGAAGACUGGAUCCCUCGCAUGAGGGAGCACUUCGGAAUUGAAACAUUUGAUUUUGUUUUUCUGGACCACUGGAAGGACCGUUACCUCCCUGACACAAAACUAUUGGAGGAGUGCAGCCUCUUGAGGAAGGGCACCGUUCUACUUGCUGAUAAUGUGAUCUGUCCGGGAACACCAGACUAUCUUCAAUAUGUGCGCAAUAGCCUUUCCUAUAAAAGCUGCUAUUAUAAAUCCCAUUUAGAGUACACCAAGGCAGAGGAUGGCUUGGAGAAGUCUGUGUUUUUGGGCUAGAGACAUGCAACAAAUAGUGUGUGUUUUUAUUUUUAUUUUUUCUUCAUUUUUUGCAUUAAGUGUUUAAAGACCUAACUUGAGGUAUAUUUGAACAAUUUAUCCAAUUUAUCAACAAUUAGUCCACAGAAUUUGCUGUUCUUCAAGUCUUUAUCAGGACACAGUUGAGCAUUUUGCUCUAUUAAACACCACAUUUUACCCCUCUGUCCCACUAGAGGGUAGAAUCACAUUAAAAAUGUACUGUGUGUCUAGUCCUGUCCCCCUCGUUUAUCUACCCUGAAGUUUUAGCUGACAGAUCAAUGGUCUUGUUUGCUUGUGCAUUUAUUCGUACAGACAAUAAGACAACUUUCUUUAAAGGUAAAUCAGUGAUAAUUGAUAAAAUGACACAAGAAAACCACAAAAAAAUGGAUAUAGAUAUCCAAGAUAUCCAUGGAGCCACUAGUGAUGCAAAAAUCACAUUUGGUCCGUGUUGUUGAUUGAAUGUGUAUGUUUUGCAGUACUGUUAAUGGCUUUUAUGGAUUGCAGAUCUGUUCAAUGUUUUUGUGCAUUUUCUUGUAUGUUUUUAUCCGACUAAUUUAAAGGUGCACUUAGUAUGUUUUUUUAUGUACUGUAGGUUGUCUUGGACUUACAUUGACAUCAAGGGGUAUGGAUCAUUCAAACGCAAUAGUUUUCAGUUACUGAUGCCAUUGUAGACAUUCACUAUUCACAGUCAGCCAUGAUUAAUUGAAUCCAUGAGUGAAAGCGUCCAAUAAAAGAGCAGUUACAGAGAUUAAAGCAAGCAGUAUUUGGCUGGUCAUGUGAUCAUAACAUGGCAGCCCCCAUGAGGGGACCCUCUCCAUGUAGAAUAAAACAGCUUUAAUAAGGUUACUGAUAUGACUGGAGUCUUCAUCUCAUGUUUGAGUGGUCGCGAUUUGAUAUAUACAGUAUGUGCUUCAAAAUUACAAUUAA